CAGAGUGAUUGCUGGGUUUCUCCCUGCCGCCCUUCUGCUAUAAACUUCCUCUGCUUGUAGCACACCCAGCCACCCCCGCUGGGUUUCAUCAUUAAUUAGACAUGGACGACCCUCCAGGUGCCACUGGGCGGGUUCACCACCUGUGGGGGGGGGGGUAAGGCACCCCAUCACAAGGGCAUAGGAGUGGCAUGAAACUCCUGGGUCAGCGAGUCCAGUCCCCUGCCGCCCCGUCAUGUAUGUAUCAAGCUCCAUCCUAAAGCUAGUGGGGUUGUUUGGCCCACUGCUCCUAUGGGGAGGCUGUUCUAGGCCCUCACUCCUCUGAUGGACAGAAGCCUUCUGUUCAUUGUCCAGCCUACAUUGAUUCAUGGCCAGUUUAUCCCCAUGGGUCCUUGUGCCAACAUUGUCCUUUACAUUCAAUAGCUCUUCUCCCUCCCCGGGGUUUACCCCUCUCUGCUGGAUUUCUACCAGCUGCCCCUCAGCCUGCGUUUUGCUUGGCUGAACUAGCCAAGCUGUUUUCCUCUCCUCGGACUCUCCGUUCCGCUGCGCAGCCUCGUCGACUUGCUCGGUACCUGUUUUGGCGUGAAUCCACCUGGCUCAGACAUGGGUGAGCAUAAUUGGACACACCCCUCCGGAUGAGGGCUGACCAAUGCCUUGUUUUGAAAAUAAAAACAUUGAAGCUGAGAUAUUGUUUUACUUCCACCUGCAGGGCUUCCAGGAGAUUUGAGCCUGGUUGGAACACCCAGGGUGCUGUUCAGCCCUUGAGAUGUCGUCUGGUGCCUAAUUGGCCAAGUCCCUUCUCUCAGCAAUAAAGGCAAAACGUCUGGGAGUGCUGUGACUAUGGGAUAUAUCUUCUGCUUAUGAGGCCAGCAAGCCUCUCGCAGGUAGCUCCAGAGGUGGCUGUGAAAGUCUGUGCAGGAAGUCUGAGCGAAAAUAGGUGGAGAGAUGGGAUUAUAAUUGCCAUGGUGAGUCUGAGUUCCUGCUGCCUGCUUUGGGUGUGGAAAGAUUUUGUUGGUGUUGGUGCGGCUGUGCCUGGCCUGGGAAGGAGAAUCCUGUCUUCGAAGCGUGUUGCCAGGAGUGCUGAUGUGCCAGAGCCGCUGCCAUGCUGCAGCAGAUCCUGGCAGAAAUGUACAUCGCUCCGGAGCUGCUGGCAGAGCUCAGCGAGGAGCAGAAACAGAUCCUCUUCCUCAAGAUGAGGCAGGAGCAGGUCAGACGGUGGAAGGAGAGAGAAGCUGCCACAGACAAGAACUCGGCGAAGAAAGCGACCCAGCGGAAAGCGCUCGGGAAGUCGGUGAAGUGGAAGCUCGGCAUGGACAGCGAAGUCUGGGUCUGGGUCAUGGGCGAGCACGCGUCGGAUAAGCCUUAUGAUGUGAUCUGCGAGGAAAUCCAGGCACGGAGGGCUCAGCAAGAAGCAGGGGAAGCCAGAGGAAGUCAAACAUUCCUAGAACCGGCUGUACCAUGCUCCCUGCAGUCUCAGCCAGGAGCCCUGGGUGGGGCAGAUGCCAAAAGGAAGGAGGAAAAAAACGGAGAGAGAGAGAAGGAAGAUGUGAUAACAGCUGAUAAAGAGGAGAGAAGCUGGGAUCAUGCCCAGGCUGCUCCCAGUAAAGGCAGAGACGUGCACCAGAUGUUGGCAGAUUCCAAGGCUCAGACGAAGAAGUAUGACGUUCAGCAGGGGAAGGAUCUAUCAAGGAGGAGGCCAGGAGGGAUGAGAGCAUCUGCAGAGGGGGAGCUGCCCACUAACAGCGACCGGAAGGAGGCCCAGGAGUCAGGGCAGAAAUCGGACAAGGAUGAUCCCGAGUGGCAGGAAUCCUUGAGGAAAUCCAAAGCCGCUGAUGAGAGGAGACGCUCCAUUGCAAAGCAGGCCAGGGACGACUACAACAGGCUGUCGCUGCAAGGGAUUCGCAAAGGGAAGGUAGCCGAAGUUGCCAAGAAUUUUGGGAGCAAGGAGCGCAGCUUGCCCCCCCGUCCUUCCCUUCCACCCAAGCCUAAAACCCUAAACUCUGGGAUAGCCAAUGGGAGGCCCAACAGGAAUCUGGGCGUGCAGAGGACCCUCUCCACUUCCACCCAGGAGAGCAUCAUCAGGUGGUUUAAAGAAGAGCAGUUUCCUCUUCGGGCGGGUUAUGAGAAAUCCACGGACAGGAUAGCACCCUGGUUCCAUGGUAUCUUAACCCUGAGGCAAGCAGAGGAGCUCCUGAGCAAAUCGGAGCCCGGGAGCUUUCUGGUCCGGGUCAGUGAGAAGAUCAAAGGCUACGCACUCUGCCAUCUGUCCCCGGAGGGCUGUAAGCACUUUCUAAUAGAUGCCUCCAGCAGCGCCUACAGCUUCCUGGGAGUGGACCAGCUGCAGCAUGCGACACUGGCCGACCUUGUCAACUACCACAAGGAGGAGCCCAUCACUUCUUUGGGGAAGGAGCUGCUGCUUUACCCAUGUGGCCAACAGGGACCGGAACCUGACUACCUUGAUCUCUUUGAGUGAAAGCCUCCGUUCCCACCUUGUGACACACACCCGUGCCUUCCCCUGAACGAACAGAUGAACGGUUGUCCGAGAGACGGACUCCCUAACACCCAGCCAGCACCGAUCAAGUGAAAUCCUCCGCACAAGUAUCCGGAUUUGAACAUGUUUAGCAGCAAAGCAGUGAAAAGGCGAUUACUGCUGGGCGCUGCUCUCUGUUAGCAGCAGCAGGCCGCAGCAUUCAGCAGCCUAGCAAGCCAUGAAGGAGCGCUAGUGGCUUCAACCUUACUGGAGCAGGGUUAGCUCAGGAAAGAACCUGUUGAAGGAAGAUACUGCCAUGGGUUAGAGCGAUAGUUUGUGUAAAUGACUCGGGGCUGGCUCUGAUUAAGCUGCAUUUUGCCCUCAGCUAGUGCAGCAUAACUUGGUAUUCAAUGGGAUGUUGCCAGAUGUGCAGUGAAAUUGGUAUUUUAAACUCAGAAAGGGGUCGCCUCUGUUCAAAGUGGGUGGAGCCGCAUCAAGGAGGGGACUUGGCCCCUAGUGGUAAGUUGCAUAAUUGCAGAUCAGUCCUGCAAGAGGCCGAGUCCUCUGGAGUCAGUGGGAGUAGAGGUCGCUCAGUGUGCUUCAGCAUCGGGUCCACCAUAAAAUCCACCCCAUGCAGAGGGGCCAGCAAAGACCUGCGCAGCGCAUGAACCCACGUAUAUAGGGCUUCAGUGGGGCUUACUCGGUGACUAAGCUGUGUGCUGGCCCCUCUGCAUGGGGGGGGGAAAUAAUGCCCUUUGGAGAUGGAGGGAAACAGCAAGUUUGUUAAAUAAAGAAACCAAGUUGGAAUCUGGCUGAGCCGUUUUAACUCUUGCACACAGAGCCUGGGCUAGUUUACAUCCAGCCUCCUGGGCAGCCUUUUACUGUUAGUCGUCAGUAUUACUCCGGUCUAAUGUGGACAUGAACAAUGAGAGGUGCCUGCCAAUAAAGUCCCCCGUCUCUUUUCCGUAAUGUAACUGUUUAUUGAAGUCCUGCAAAUCACAUAAGGCAUAUUUCUGAGAGAACUGCUCAUGCUGAAUGGAGCUGGGCCUUCUACUUUUUCUUUGACAUAACAGCUGAGCUUGUCUUUGUCCCCGAGAGCUGCAGAAUGAAAUCUCAAGGCAUAGACUUGAAGAGAUGCUAAAACGUGUCUUAGCAUCAGUACUAGGAUUGAUGGUGCGUAUUAUGAAAAUCAGACAAAUUAUCUCCCUCCCCUCCACUAAUGACAACUUGCAAGUUUCAAAAUUGUGAACAAAAAUCAGUCCAGUUUCAGUUCAAUUAAUAUCUCUUCUUCCAUGUGGCUUGGGGUUGUUGUGCAGAACUUAAGAAAACCAUCAACACCAAGUCCUUCAGGUCAUUUUGAAAAGAGUAUCCGGCACCUUACUUCUAAUCUGUGUCCUAUGGAAUGUGGUGGGUUCGCCAUCACUUGAAGUCUUCAACUCAAGGGAAGCUGUCGUUCGAAAAAUAAUACGCUGUAGCCCAGCAAUAAGAGAUGGGCUUGAAGCAGGAAGAACUGGGUGAAGUUUUUAUGCCCUGUGCUAAGCAGGAGGGCAAAUUAGAUGAUCACCAUGGGAACUUCUGGUCUUAAAAUGUAGUUGCUGCCUGGUAGAGUGGAGCCUGCCUUCCAACCUCUAUGACACUGAACACACUGAGGAUUAUGUUUCAUUUUUUACAGAGGAGCCUGGUCGUAGCAGUACAAGUGUUUCAGAGAUUGUUGAUCUUUACCAAUCCUCAGCAGUUACUGAAGCACUCCAGGCUCUAAAAGUUUGCAUCCCGAAUCAUAAACACGCUUACAGCUUAUGAAGAGCCCAUAAUUCAUGCUCAUCAAGUGAAAAAUGACAUGCCUGAUCUUGCGAUGUGGGCAGAGAGUCACUCUGAAACCUGCCAGCACACACCAGCAAAAACAGCCCCCUGACUCAACCGCCCGCUUUCGCCAACCUGCCGGUUACUUCAGUGCAGGACGUGUAUUUGAGCCAAAUCAAGCAAAACACCUUGACGUUUGUGAGUUCACAGGAUUUGGAAAUACAUCACUGCUUGAAGACAACAUUCCAGCACAGAGAGAGUAUCGGGCUGACUGGGGAGCCGUUCAAGAAUUGCGGAACAAGGACGUUUUUCCAGUUCUGGAGAAGCACGGUGGACCAGAUUCCCAGCUCUGUCAGUAGUCGCCCUGCAAUGCUUAGCAGUACCAGUCUACAGCGUGGGUGAUGAACCCUCCUUCUCAUCUUGUAAAAAUGUGCUUGGGGACAACAGAUGCCGCAUAAACAACAAGCUGUCUAGGUAUAACUUGUCAGCCCAAAAUGGCAACGCUUUGCAAAAGGCACUUGAACAAAAAUAUCUGAUUUUUAGUAUAUAGUUUUUUGUUAUUUUUGGUUGAAAAAUGAUUGCACAAUAUGCAUAUAUAAACUCAAAACCAUUUACUUUGACAGGGCAAAGAAAACGAUUGCAUUAAUGUUCUUGUGUGUAAAUGUUACACUGUCAUACUUUGUUAAAUUGUCACAUUGUUUGUUGCCGUCACCAUACCCUGAUUUUGUACAUUUUUGCCAUGAAUGUUCUGUGAAUUUUACCUAAUUUUACUGUGACAAAAUCGUAUCCAUAA